CGGAAUUUUUCCGCAUUCAAAACGAAUGGCUGACCGAACAUGCGGUCUCCAUUUUUUUUUGCGACGACUUUCCACUUUGCCCCCAGCCGUUAAACAACGACAUAUGUAUGAAAAUGGAUGGGCCAAAUCGGGAGAAGUCAACGCCCCAUCAAAAAGAGGGGUAAUUCAUAACAAGGGGUACAAUUUAGUGACGUACAUUGCUGCCGCUAAAGAGGUUGCUGUCUUCCUCCGUCGCAAAGGGCAUGACAAAAUCGAAUUAGACGAUGGGGAAGGGGGUAACAAACUGGAAAAUGGUGAAGAAAUAGAUGAUCAAGAAAUGAGGGGCAACUAUAAAGGCUCUCAAGAGGAAGACGAGCGGGAACGAGAUGAAAAAGAGGAAGAAGGGGGAGAUGGAGAGGGAGAAGAGAUGGAAGAAGAAGAAGAAGAUGAAGAGGAAGAAGAAGAAGACGAAGCUGAGGAGAAAGGUGAAGAUGCUGGGGAUGAGCGUCACCGAGGGAAGCGGAAAUUUGGGACUGACGAGAUGGACACAGGCAUAGGAGCUGAAGCAGACUGGAUAGUAAGGGCAGAAGGAGAGGAUGGGAAUAUUGAGGAGGAGGAUGAAGGGAGUCCGCCAGGCUCAAGAGGAGACGAAGGAGACGAAGAAGAUGAUGCAAUAGAGGAAUUAGGCUAUAACCCCCAAAAGGGGCAGCGGGAACCCCAAGUGGUUACAUAGGUGGGGGGAACGCCCCUAUGGGAAGAAGAAAGUCAAAUAACUAAGCAGGGAUUGGGGUUGGACGAACAAAAGAAAAGUGGAGUA